AUGAUAGUCAAUGCUAAUUUGAUGUUGAUGGUGGUCUUGCUAAGGGCCGGAACAUUGCCAGUGGUGAGUCCUGAGCGUUACCCCUACAUGGCGCAAAAGUUUUGGGGAAAAUUAGAUUGUGAUAAGUAUAAUCUACCAAUAAAUACGAUGUGGAUUCAAAGAGAUAGCUGUGAAGACAAUAAACGAUUCAAGUGCAAAAGAGGAUAUGUAUCACAAGUUCAAACAACUUGUAAAAACGAAGUCUGGAUUUUGGAACCAGCUUGUCAAGAGUGUACACAAGGUGUGAAUAUCACUAACUCUGAUGAUGUAACAGAAUCUAGAAUAUUUGGUGAAGAUUUUAGUUUUAACUGUUCAGUUGGCUACACUAAGAAUGGUGAGACGGGUACUCUGAGGUGUGGUGAAAAUGGUAUGUGGCUAGAACAACAAGCUUGUCAAGCUGUAGAGUGUCCACAAGGUGUGAAUAUCACUAACUCUGAUGAUGUAACAGAAUCUAGAAUAUUUGGUGAAGAUUUUAGUUUUAACUGUUCAGUUGGCUCCACUAAGAAUGGUGGGACGGGUACUCUGAGGUGUGGUGAAAAUGGUACUUGGAUAGAACAACAAGCUUGUCAAGGAUGUUACAAGUUUUUGAAUAAAACAUGUUUAGCACCGAGUUUCUUUUACUAUGAUGAUUACACGUCAACUGAAGAUGACCAAUGUGAUGAAGAUUGUAAUUCUAUUACUGGGUGUACCGCUUCAUUAUAUGAAAGCAAUAAUUGUAAUUUUUACACAGCUCCGAUCAUCUUUGUGUCAUAUGAUCUAGAUCUAAAUCAAUGCAUUGAAAAGUGUAAGGAGAGGAGUGACUGUGUAACAUUGAACUUAAAGACAGGUAUUAGCAAUGAAUGCUUUUUAUUUAACGUUACCCUGGCUGAACUACCUGAUGGUUCGACAACUGAAAAUGACAGAUGUACCAUAGUAGAAAAAAUAUGUUAA